CUGCCUGCUUGUUCUCAACCAGCCAGCAGAAGCAGUGGUCGGGACCGGAGUAUGAUCGCUGUCCGGAGAGCAUAGAUGUGCAAAACCCCUGGAUUAUCCGUGCGCUGGAGAGACCAGAACAGACCACCGUGGAGGACUGCCUUUAUCUAGUCGUCAAAAGGGAAAGAGGGGAAGCAUGGCGGUAGAAGAGGAAGGUCUCCGGGUUUUCCAGAGCGUUAAAAUAAAAAUAGGAGAAGCAAAAAACAUCCCUCCUUACCCGGGGCCAAACAGAAUGAGGGACUGCUACUGCACCGUCAACCUGGACCAAGAAGAGGUCUUCAGGACCAAGAUCAUUGAGAAGUCGCUUUGUCCGUUCUACGGGGAGGAUUUUUACUGCGAGAUCCCACGUAGCUUCAGACAUCUCUCCUUCUACAUCUUCGACAGGGACGUCUUCAGGAGGGACUCCAGUAUCGGCAAGGUUGCAGUGAAGAAAGAGGACCUGCAGAAAUAUCACGGCAAAGACACCUGGUUCCAGCUGCAACCUGUCAGUGCUGACUCAGAAGUGCAGGGAAAAGUGCACCUAGAGUUGCGUCUGAGUGAAGUCAUCACAGACAGUGGAGUCAUCAACCAUAAACUAGCCACACGAGUGUUGGAGUGCCAAGGUCUUCCAAUCGUUAACGGCCAGUGUGAUCCCUACGCUGCUGUCUCCUUACUAGGACCUUCAAGGUCGGAAGCCAAGAAAACCAAAGUGAAGAGGAAAACCAACAAUCCACAGUUUGAGGAGGUUUUCUAUUUUGAGGUGACGCGGCCAUUAAGCUACACAAAGCGGCAGUUUGAUGUAGAAGAAGAGGAUGUUGACAAGCUGGCACUGAGGGUGGAUCUGUGGAACGCCAGCAACCUAAAAUUCGGGGAUGAGUUCCUGGGAGGUGUGCGAGUUCCUCUGCGGGUGUUGGGUCAGGCUGGAGUCCACGACGCAUGGUACUUUCUCCAGCCGAGAGAGAACGGAGGGAAGUCAGUGAAAGUAGAAGAGCUCGGCUCUCUGCGUCUGAACAUCGUUUACACUGAAGACCACGUCUUCCCCUCCGAACACUACACUCCCCUCAGAGAUCUGCUGCUGCACUCUGCUAAUGUAGAGCCCGUGUCGGCAUCCACGGCGUACACUCUCGGGGAGGUGUGUCGAGAAAAACAAGAAGCUGCCAUUCCCCUUGUGCGACUGUUUCUCCACUAUGGCAAGAUUGUGCCUUUUAUCAGCGCCAUUGCUCACGCUGAAGUUAACCGCACACAGGAUCCUAACACCAUUUUCCGGGGAAACUCGCUGACUUCCAAGUGCAUUGACGAGACCAUGAAGCUGGCAGGAAUGCACUAUCUGCAGGUCACACUCAAACCCAUCAUAGAUGAGAUCUGCACAGAACACAAACCCUGUGAAAUCGACCCAGUGAAGCUGAAAGAGUCUGAGAACCUGGACACCAACAGGGAAAACCUCCGUCAGUACGUGGAUCGUAUCUUCAAUGUUAUCACCACCUCUGGUGUCCGCUGCCCCACUGUCAUGUGUGAUAUCUUCUUCUCUUUGAGAGAGUCCGCUGCCACUCGUUUCCAAGUUGACCAAGAUGUACGAUACACAGCGGUGAGCAGCUUCAUCUUUCUGCGUUUUUUCGCUCCAGCCAUCCUCUCCCCCAACUUGUUCCACCUACGGCCGCACCAUCCAGAUCCCGCCACCUCUCGAACUCUCACCCUCAUCUCCAAGACGAUCCAGACCCUGGGAAGUCUCGCCAAGUCUAAAUCUGCCAAUUUCAAAGAGUCUUACAUGGCUGCAUUUUACGACUACUUCAAUGAGCAGAAAUAUGCAGACGCUGUGAAGAAUUUCCUGGACCUGAUCUCCACCUCGGGCAAAUGGGAUCAGAAGAGUAUUGAAACACCGAUCAUGCUCAAAGAAGGAUUUAUGAUAAAGAGGGCACAGGGGAGAAACCGGUUUGGAAUGAAGAACUUCAAGAAGCGAUGGUUUCGUCUCACUAACCACGAGUUUACAUACCACAAGACGAAAGGAGAGAGCGCUCUGUGCAGCAUCCCCAUAGAGAACAUCCUGGCUGUGGAGAGGCUCGAAGAGGAGUCCUUCAAGAUGAAGAACAUGUUCCAGGUCAUUCAGCCGGAGCGGGCGCUGUACAUCCAGGCCAACAACUGUGUGGAGGCGCGGGACUGGAUCGACAUCCUGACCAAAGUCAGCCAGUGCAACCGUAAACGCCUCAGCACCUACCAUCCUUCAGCCUACCUCAACGGCCACUGGCUCUGCUGCAAGCAUUCAGCGGACGCAGCCCCCGGGUGUACGCCCUGCACUGGUGGUCUCCCAGCAAACAUCCAGCUGGACGUAGAUGGAGACCGAGAGACCGAGAGGAUUUAUUCCCUGUUCAGCACAUACAUGACCAAACUGAUCAAGAUGCAAGAGGCUUGCGGCAGUAAGUCUGUGUACGACGGGCCCGAACAGGAGGAGUACUCCAGCUUCGUCAUCGAUGACCCCCAGGAGACCUACAAAACACUGAAACUCAUUGUUUCAGCCGUGCAGACCUUGGAGCAGCAGCAUACCAAGUACAAACGGGACAAGUUCAAGAAGACAAAGAUCGGCAGCCAGGAGCAUCCGAUCGGAGACAAGAGUUUUCAGUGCUACAUCCGCCAGCAGUCUGAGAGCUCCACCUACUCCAUCUAGCCCUGAGUACUGUUUUUAUGAUGCCCAGAACCAGCAUAUUUUUCUUUACUGCAAAAACAUCCAUCUUAACAAUGCCCUGUGUCUAGUAUUCAGUUUGAAACCUUUAUUUUUCCUUAAAACAAGAUUUAAAAAGCCAUUUUUACUUAUGUCCAAAGCAAUGUAUUCAUACUUCAAAAGGAAUAUUUCACUUUUUCUAUACUUUUUUGGAUGCUGUUUUGGAAACAAGUGUCAUCUGAUUGGCUUAUUUAAGGAAAAUAAUAGUUUUAAUAGUCAAUACUAGACUGAGUGAAUUGUCUAGAUGGACAUUUCUUUGCAGUGUCUCAAGAUGCAUCGCUCCAAAUUUGGAGGACAGACCUCAGAUCAGCAUGAAAAAACAAAAAACGGAGGAACAAUUGUGGAGGAAAGGAGGGAUACGAAUGAAGAGAUAAUCACAGCAUACAUCUAUUUGGGUCUUCUUUCUGUGAUGUGACAAGAGAACAAACGUUUUCACUGGACAGUUUUGACAGUGAAUGACACGCACUUUAAUUGCCUCCAAAUCUAUGGAUGAACAAGCCUCGCAGCACACUUUUAAAAAAGCUUAUUUUAUCUGUUUGAUUUGUAUUUUAUUGGUUCAAAUGUUCAUUGUAUUUCACUCCAGAAGGAAGGAAGGACAGACUGUAAUUUUCCCCUCUUUAAGCGCCGGUGUUGCCCCCAUUUUUAUUUUUUAUUUUUUUUGUCCCCAACUCCCUCAGGAAGGCUGUGAAGGUCGAGGGCACACAAGAAGGGAUUGUCGGGACCAAGCACAGCCAAGAGCAGCUUGAUGUUAGCUAUGACUUUCAUCCCUCAUUUGUAAUCCUCAUCAUUAGCAUGCUAACAGAUGCAGAUGAAGUUUUCACAUUUUAUUUGAAGCCUUGUUCUGUUGCGGUUAGAGAUCACUUUCCUGUGUAAUCUGGGUUAAAGGAAUAGUUUAGUUUUAGAGAGUUUUGACAAUGAGUCAGAAAAACACAUGGAUGCCUUUUUUAAAAAACCAUCUUUAUGGAUGUCAAGUUGGAGUUUCUCUUAAAGUGAUGUCUCACUCCCAAAAUCAAAAAUACACAUUUUUCCUCUUACCUUCAGUGCUCUUUAUUAAUUUAGACUGUUUUAGUGUGAAUUGAAGAGUGUUGGCGAUAUGGGCUGUAAUGGAACUAGAUGGCACUUGGCUUGUGGUGCUCAAAACGCCAAAAAAAAAAAUACAUUUGAAAAACUCAACAGCAAUGCGUCUACAGAAAUCAUGACCUGGUUACUCAAGAUAAUCCACAGACCUUGUUGUAAGCAAUUUUAUGGAGGAACUGUUUAAUUGCUACAGAACUACAGCCACCAGUUUUAUCACUGCGCAGAAGAAAGAGUGCAACUACUGCCAGCUCGCCUCGCAUCCCUGAGAGAGCAAACUUUACAGCUCAGCUGAGGAGGACGCUGUUAAUGUUCACAUCUUGAGCUGUCACAAACCGAAGCCACUUGUCCAUGAGUAGAUGCACACUUCCUUCUGCACAGUGAUAUGGUUGAAAGAAAGUAGUUCCUACAUAAAACUGCUCACAACAUGGUCUGGGAAUUAUGUAGAGAAUCAGGGUCAUGAUUUCUGGAAAAAGACACUGCUGUUUUUCAAUUAUAUGAUUAGGCGCUUUGAGCACCACAAGCAGAGUGCCAUCCAAUGUCAUUGUUUUGGAGAGAAGACAAACAUCUCUACAGCUAAUAUCUCCAACACGCUGCAGCUCACAACAAAACAAUCUAGACUGAUACAUAGAACAAGUUAGAGGAAAAAUGUGUAUUUUUGACAUCAUAAAGACAUCAUAAAGUCCAUGUUUGUUUGACGGUGCUGACAUGUGUCCACAGGAUCUGCCAUUUUCAUCUUUCCCAUUCACUGUCUAUGUAAGCAGCAGUGCAAUGCAGUCUGGUAAUGCUGUCUUGAAUUUGGAGAGACAGGGUGUCUGCACCUCUUUUGCAUAAAGUUGAAUGUAGGUUACUUUAUGUAAAUCAGCAGCAUCCACCGAGACUCACUGCCUCUGGAAACCCCCGAAAAACAUUUCAACUGCUGUCAAUCUUAAAAGAAGACCGAUUCAGCAACUGCAUGACUAAUGAUUCACCUCAGAUGUUUUCAGAAACACAUUUUAAUGAAAGUCUUUCUUAGUUUAAAAGAAAGUUUGGGAAACAGCCACCAUGUUGGUCUGAUUUGAAAUCCAGGGGAAGACAGAACAUAUACCUAGUGGCGCGCCCAUUAAGCAUCUAAAGCCGGGUAGCGGCGUGACCUCUCACAUCCAAAAACGCCCCUGUGGAUACGUAUCAUGAGUACAUGGAAAAAGUCACUAACACCAAACUAUUCCUUCAACUAUCACAAAGCAGAAAUUACAUGUUAGCACAGCUCAUUAACAAGGACAGUUUUUAACUACUAAUUAACUGAUAUACAAACAUUUUAACCAAUCUUGUCUCCAGUUAUGAUUGUGAAAUGGAUAGUGUGUUACUGGUUGUGUUGCCCUGUUGGCUGCCUAAUAAUGUUUCUGUUUCUGUGAGUUAGCUUUGUCUUACUUUGGAGAAGCUGCGCCCUGUAGUUUUAAACCUAUUUAUAUGCAUUCCUCUGAGAAUACUGCCUGCUGUGAAUCUUACCAGUCAGCAACCCCAGAAUCUGUUGAAGGUACCGGAUUUAUCGUUGUUUUUGUGUUGUUCUACACUCCCCAAAGGCAACCACUCUUGUUGGCGUUCAUAUUCAUCAGCACUCACUCUCGCCAAAACCUGUGCAUGUGAAGUAUACCUGUAGUCACAGCGACGGUAGCCUCCUGUGCAACCAGGUGAUUACAAACCACCACAAUUUUUUUGUAUUUUCCAAAACUAAGUACCUGGUUAUGUAGCCUCACGGGUGUUUCCCGUGAUCACAGGAUCCCAAACAGUGCCAGUCAUCACUUUUAUAAAAUUUUUGAAAAACAAACAAAAAAAAUCAUUGUUGAGAGAUGUUUUUUUAUAAAUCUCAAAACUGUUUUCAGAACAGCCGAGCGAUUAUUCCGAUGACAUCUUUUUCUUUAUCGAGCGUGUUGAUCUAUACGGAACAACAGUUCGACUCUGUUUUCUAUCUUUGUCUUGUCAUACAGAGAUCUCGCUGUAUAUCUGAAUCGAAUGACUGUGGUGUGUGUGUGUGCGUGUUUUGUGCAAAUGUGUGUGUGUCAGUCUGUGCAUGAGCGACUGACGUGACGGGUUGUAUUGCCAAUUGAAUUAUCCCAGUGUUACAGGUCAGGAAAGGCAGAGUCCCACUUGUUAAAAAAGAGAAAUCACUGCCUGUAAUUAAACUAAAGACUGUCGUCAGAGUGUGGAAACACUCUACUCUGGCCUGAUAUGGUGCAUCUUUUCUUUUCUCUUGUAUAGAACCACUGUUCCAUUUAAAGGAACCUUUUGCCAAUAUAUUCUCCCCACUCAUUUUAUCUAUGUAACACAGUAUCAUUGAGACAUUGCUGUAGCCUCUGAACUUUGAGUGUUUGUUUCCACCAGAUACUAACUCUUCUCAGGUUUAUGAAACUCAGCGCUGCGUUCUUUUCUUGCCAAAACCGAGGAGACUCAGACUGAAGCAUAAACCACCAAACAGCUCUCAUCCCUAAGUUGGUAAUCAUAUUUAUUAUCAUUUUCUGCGAAACCUUCCCAGAAACAUCGGCUCACUCGGUGUGGUAAUGCCACUUACAGUAACGGCAACUCCUCCGCCCCAAAGCCCCACAAAGGAAUGACUUAUGCAAUAAUGGUGUUUCAGCAUGCAAUAAUAAUGAUAACAACCCCUCAGUAAGCCCAUCGAAUUAUCACAAAUGAUUAACGCACAUCUGCUGACCUUUUGCAGUGAAACUGCAGUAAAAUAAACACAUAUUACAAAGGGAGAACAGUGUAUUUUGUACAAAUAUUUUAAAAGUAUUAAAUAAGCCUGUUAUAUGUGUACAUAAAACAGUUGAAUGAAUGGUGAAAAUGUGAUGUGUUUUUUUCCCCUGGAUAACUAAAUGAAACCAAUAUUAAUGCAAA